AGAAUUUCGAGGUUAGGACAGUGACAAUUUGAAAAUCUCGGUAAACAAAGUUAUUUUCGGGUUUUCCUGCUCAAUUUGGACGAUUGCCAGUUCGAUUUAAUAUGUCUGGGGUCAGUGUGGCGGUGCUGUGCCCCAAUGGGCGCAGGCAGACAGUCAAGUGCACCCCAAACACCACCAUUCUACAAGUGAUUGAAGAAGUGUGCAAGAAGCAGGGCCUGAACGCUGGCGACUACGACAUCAAGCACCAUAACAAGGUGCUCGACACCACCACAACCUUUAGGUUUUCGGGCCUGCCGAAUAACGCCCAGCUAGAACUAGCGGCGGCCCUAAAACAGCGGGCCGAGGGCAAUGUGACUUUGGCAGUUAAUCUUGAGGAUGGGUCUCGCGUCACAGGAACUUUCACGCCUAAUGCCACCCUGAUGCAGGUCUUGAACACCGUGUGCCCGGCCCGUGCCCUCCCAGACACUCACCCAGUAGUAGUCUACACCAGGAGGGAAAUCUAUGGCAGGGAACUGGAAAACUGCACCUUGCGAAGCCUGGGCUUGAUGGGGGGCCGAGCUAUGAUCAGGGUGCUGAAUCGCGACCCCGAUCUGCUGAGGGAACAGGCCAACGUCAGCGCCCCUUUGCCCGCAAAGCCUGCCGAAGAGAAGCCCUACAUUAGGAAGUUCCAGCCAGUUGAGACUCAGCCAGAGCAGACCCUGCCGGAAGGCAGCGCCACAGCCCAUGACUACGGCCAGGGCCAGACGCUGGGCGGCUCAGAAGGUAUGUUUCCACACAGCUCUACCCAAGAACCCAAGCGGGAAAAGACCCAAAAGAAGCCUCCAGUGGAUUACCUGAAGCUGGCCAGGGAGCGGCUCAAAUCCCCGGAGGGGGCCUCGGGCGCCCUUAAUCGGGACUUGGGGGGAAUGGAAGUGGACGCGCAGACAUCCAUCGAGCAGCAAAAGGGCAUAGAAGAGGAGUUUUUGUUUUGCGGCGAAAGACACGGAAUGGUGUUCUCGCUGGAGUCUGCACAAGCGGUGCCCAGUGAGGACCUGCCGGAUGAUUUCUUCGCCUUGACCAUCGACGACGCCAAGCGAAUUCUCCGGGACGUGAAGCUGAGCCGGCAUGCCCUGGAGAACCAGGAGCUGAAAACGUCGCGGCUGCGAGGCCUGGACGAGGCCAAGAAGCAGCUGCGCAGCCUAAAUAAGUACAAGAAGGCCAUAAUUCGCGUGCAAUUCCCUAACCGGACGGUGGUUCAGGGCAUCUUCAAGCCCACUGAGACUGUUCAGGAUGUGGUCGAGUUCGUCCGCAGCUAUUUGGAGGAUCAAACGGUGGAUUUCUACGUUUAUUCUACGCCCCCAAAGUGCGUGCUGGACAACCAGAGCAGUCUGUUGGAGAUUGGGUGUGUGCCAGGCGCUUUGCUCUAUUUCGGGGCCGAUGGGAAGGCCACAGGCGAGUUUCUAAAGGCGGAGCUGCUCAGCAGAUUCACCACUAACAGUGCGGCCAGCUUGGCCGCCGCCCGAAUCAGGCAGGAGAAUACCAGGCAAUUGGACUACCAGCAGCAGCAGGAUGAUGAGAUUUUGAUGGAAACUGAUGACUUGCCAGUCAACUGUGGCGCUGGGACCAGUCGGGAUGGUGAAGAAGCAGCUGAUCCAGUCCCUGAUCGGAAAUUAGUCAGCAACGCUGCAGAUUAUCCCAGGUGGUUCAAGCCAAUGUAGCUCGAUUUCAAUUAAAAGUGUUCAGUUUU